AUGAGUCGACCAGCCUUGAACUUUCUCCGCCCAUACCUUCACCAGGCUAGUCGUUCCAUCAGACCGGAACAUGCGCGAGCAUACCUCUCUGUUCAGCGGCGGUUUGCUCAGAGCCUAGCCGUCGAUGCAUACACUGGCCCACAUGAUGUAGAGAAGCAGAAGCGUUUGGAGCACUUGGGCAAGGUGAAGCCCUUAGGCGAUUACCAUCCCAGGUUGGUUUACUCCACGGAUGCUCAGAAUUUAUCGAUACGUGAUUUCAAUGCCAAGUACGAUGGCAUCCAAGAAACAACCCCUGAUCGAAGGGUGCGCUCAGUGCGGCUACUUGGCUCCAAGUUGAUGUUCCUCGAUAUCGAACGCGACACACAGCGAUUGCAGGUCAUGGUGGAGUUGAAGAAGCUCACAACCCGAGAUGACCUUGAUGAGAACUUUAAGAGCUUCAAGAAAGUCGCUAGAAUUGGUGACUGGGUGUCCAUCAACGGUAAUCCUACGAAGACAUCGAGUGGACAGCUCUCAAUCCUCGCCCUCGACGUACCUCAGAUCCUCGCGCCAUGCCUUCACCACCUACCAGAAAGGAUUGAUGAUGCCGAGACACUUGCGCGACGACCACACAUUCACGCGCUUACGAGCGACGAGCCUGGCGAUGUUCUUCGACUCCGGGCGCUGACAUAUGACUAUGUGCGCACGUACUUUAUACAGAGCGGGUUUUUGGAAGUGGAAACACCCAUGUUCGACGUCAACGCCGGAGGUGCUAUUGCGCGACCCUUUGAGACUGUCGCAAACGAACUGUCAAACACUCCUAUAAGGCUCAGGAUAGCACCUGAGCUCAACUUGAAGCGGUUAAUCGUUGGAGGACAAGACAAGAUCUUCGAGAUUGGACGUGCCUUCAGAAAUGAAGGUGUGGAUAACACGCACAACCCAGAGUUUUCAACUUGCGAGUUCUACGAAGUUGGCGCGAACCUACCCACAGUCAUCGCCAGGACAGAGCAGUUGGUACACGGUCUCCACACUGCGAUUGAGUCAUUGAGGUCGACGUACUUCCCUACCCUACCGGCGCCGGAAGAAAUCGACUUCGCACAGCCUUUCGCUCAGCUGCCCUUCAUACCUACCAUCGAGCAAGCCUGCGGUCGCAGGCUGCCUGAUUUAUUGUCACCGAAUGCUUCCAAGGAGCUGCUACAGUUGUUCGAUGAGCUGGACCUCGCCAUUCCGCCCAACCCCACUCUCCCACGUCUACUUGACUCUCUUGCCGAGAUAUACAUCGAGCCUCUCUGCAAGAACCCAACCUUCAUCACCCAACACCCGGAAGCACUCUCUCCACUCUCAAAGUCAUACGUGGACGAGGUCACUGGGCAACGUGUCGCAUCUCGUGUGGAGCUCUUCAUCCAUGGCCGCGAAUACGUUAACGCAUAUGAAGAGGAAAACUCGCCGUUUGAACAGCGUCGCAAGUUCAUUCAACAGCGUGACUUUCAUCCAGAGGGUGAGGGCGCCAUCGACGAGAGUUAUCUCGAAGCAUUGGAAUGGGGUAUGCCGCCGACUGGUGGUUGGGGGUGUGGGUUGGAUAGACUGGUCAUGCUGUUCGCCAGCAAAAAGAGGAUUGCCGACGUGUUGCCUUUUGGCACAUUGCGAAAUGUUGUUAGUAUUGCCAAGACAAAGUGA